AUGCGAAAAUUGCUCGUCGUGAUUGACGACAUGUUUUGGGAAGAUGAUUCCAGGAUGCGUGGGUUCGAACCAGUGACAAAGGAGCCAUGGAAAAUAUUUAUGCCUCUACUGGAAUGGAAAGACGAUUUUGUCCGAAAUAUAGGAGGCCGGGUCAUCUCUUACCUGAUGGUGGCAUCGGAAGAGAGACCGACUCAAAAUGACAUGAACUAUUUCCUGCAUUGGUUGAAAGAUGAACUAGAUCAAGACAAUCCUUACAUGAUGUCCGUCAUCAGGUGUCUGCAGAAACUGCUCCGUCGCGAUGACUACAGGAUGGCAUUUAUGGCUAUGAGUGGAAUAUUCAAAAUUGUUCGACUCUUGACUUUUAAAUUAAAGGCCCAGGCUCAAUACCAGCUUUCAUUUUGUCUCUGGGUAGCUUCACUCAAUCCACAGUUGGCAGAAAAGAUGAACCGGUCUGGAACAAUUCCAGUUUUAUCAGAGGUUUUGCAGAGUUGCCCAUCAGAAGUGUUGAAAAUUCCGAGAAUAAUAAUUGCAAUAUACAGAAACCUGCUGGAAAAACCGAGGGAGAUUGGAGUUAUUAAACACAAUGCGUUGGUGAUGUUGCAGUGCAAAAUACUCACCUAUUUGAGAAACAUUGAGCAUAAAAUUGAGGAUUUCAGCGACGAAGAAUUUGAAGAAGAUUAUAAGUUCGUUACAGAUGUACUCGAAUCGCAUCUGAAAGAGCUGAGCUCAUUCGACGAGUACAAAAUGGAAGUUUUAUCGCGACAAUUGGAAUGGAGCAUAGUGCACAAAUCGAAGAAAUUCUGGGUAGAGAAUGCCGAACGUUUGAAUGAAAAUAAAUACGAGCUUGUCAAGAUACUGAUUGAUUUACUGGAGACGAGUGAGGACAAUGUCGUUCUCUGUAUUGCGGCACACGAUGUAGGCGAAUACAUGAAGCAACAUUCGAGGGGCAAGAAGGUGGUGGAGGAUUUGGGAGGCAAAGAUGCCCUCAUUCAGUUGCUGGAACACAGACACCCAACCGUCAAGUACUACGUGUUGAAGUCUCUGCAAAUUCUCAUGCUCAGUAAUUAUGAUCUGUUCAUAAAACAUCUCAGAGCACCGGAGGAAUGGAGCGAUCUCGAUAUGACAGUUACGUGGAAGAGCUAG